CAGACUCCUCAGGGCGCUACACCGGGUGUGCGCGUCUCGACAACAGCAAUAAAUAGCCUACUGUCUGAAUAGUUUGUCCAGUCCAUACGAAAAAUAUAUUUGCUUUGAUCAUACUUGUACUGUCAAAGAACGGUACUCGUUUGGGAGGCAUUUAGGGAUAACAAGUGGGACUUCUGUUCAAUGAAAACAUCCCUCCAGCAAGUUUCUAUCAUGCCAUCUCAGUCCCAUCGUGAAAGAGACACCAUAAACAUAUUGGAUCUUGACUUUAUGACCCAGAAAGCCCUGCAGCCAAACUCCAAAGACAGAUGGUGCAACAAGCAUUGGCAGUGCUGAAGAUUCACUAUCCUGACCUGUCAGUGUUUUUAAUGUUACUGCCAAAGACAUUUGUGCAGGCAUUGGCAAGGGCUCAUGCCUCCUAGCAUCAAAGAUCUGUGAUUGACGAGGUACCAACUUCUCCAGUCUUGAGUCACAUGAAGGGGAGAUACAAAUGGUGGACUCCCAACUCCUGUGCUGAAGUUUACAUGGCUGAAUUCUGAUUUAACAAAACAUGACAGUCAAUCCCAAAGACAUUCAACUAGUGAAUGAACUGUAAACAAACCCAAAAUGGUUCCCUCAGAUGAAAACAUCACGAUCCCUGUGUCAGAAAGCUGUCCCAACGGCAGCUCCUCCUCCUCCUCCGCUGAGGUGGAUAUCACUAAGGCGGUGACCCUGGGCCUGGUGCUGGGGGUGUUUGUCAUCUUCGGGGUUCUCGGUAACAUCCUGGUCAUCCUGUCUGUGGUGUGCCACCACCACCUACGCUCCGUCACACACUACUUCAUCGCCAACCUUGCGGCGGCAGACCUGCUCCUGAGCUCCACCGUGCUGCCGUUCUCUGCCACCUCGGAGGUCCUGGGCCGCUGGGUGUUUGGCCGGCCUUUCUGCAGUGCUUGGGCCGCCCUGGAUGUUCUCUGCUGCACUGCCUCUAUCCUCAGCCUGUGUGUCAUCUCUGUUGACCGCUACCUAGCCGUCAGCUACCCACUGCACUACCCUGCCAUGGCCACUGGGCGGCAUGGCCUGGUCGCAGUGGCAGCUCUCUGGGGCCUCUCGGCAGCCAUAUCCGUAGGUCCACUCUUCGGCUGGAAGGAGCCCGACCCAGAGGACGAGACUGAGUGCCGGAUCACAGAGGAACCGGGUUAUGCUAUUUUCUCUGCCCUGGGGUCGUUCUAUGUGCCACUGGCUGUCAUCCUGGCCAUGUACUGCAGGGUGUAUGUGGUGGCCAAGCGGAAGACUCGGGACCUGAGGGAGGGCAGGAAGAGGGAGGGGGGGAUGGACACGGAGGGAGAGGGAGUGACACUGAGGAUCCAUCGGGGAAAUGCCCCUGCUAAGCCAGAGGGGCAGGAGGAGGAGGGAGAGAAGGGCAUCAUGAGGCGGAGACGCACCACGUUCGCCCUCAUGCGCUUGCUGAAGUUCUCCCGGGAGAAGAAGGCAGCCAAGACUCUUGGCAUUGUGGUUGGCUGCUUCAUUCUCUGCUGGCUGCCCUUCUUCCUGGUUAUGCCCAUCGGCUCCAUAUUCCCAUCGUACAGGCCAUCUGACACCAUCUUUAAGAUCACCUUCUGGCUGGGCUACCUCAACAGCUGUAUCAACCCCAUCAUCUAUCCCUGCUUCAGCCAGGAGUUCAAAAGGGCCUUCCUCAAUGUUCUGCAUGGACAUUGCCUCAGACAGGGGGGAAGGAGCUCCAAGUCUCUGGGGUUUGCUCCUUCCUAUUGUCCCAGUCCUGGUCCAUCGUCUCUUAUUAGAUCCCAGGCUCCCCACUCCUCCUCCAGCUCCUCCACACCCUCCACCCAGCCACGCCAAGUCCCCUCCCCAGCCUCUCAUGCCUCCUCCUCUGGCUGCUGGAGGACCUUCUCUUGCUCCUCUUCCUCGGUGGGGGUGCCAGGCCAUACCCAAAGUGCCCGGGUCCACAGUAAAAGCCUGCUGAAGGCAUGGUGUUUUGCAGCAGGGGAGAACCCAUCCCAACAGGGUGCUGCUUGCCUGAGCCCCUCAGCCCCUGGUGCUACAUGUCAAACGAAAGUCCAUUGCCUCUCCCUGGGAGCAAGAGGGGAGGCUGUCUGACUGGGAACACUACAUUUACAUUUUAGUCAUUUAGAAGACGCUCUUAUCCAGA